CAGUUAUAGUCAGUUCGCAUUGGGCGCUCGGCCGGCCCUGACUACACCAAGCUCGUAGUCGUCGACUGACGCUGAUAAAGUUCCACUUCUUGGAUCUUUCGGAUACGCGUUGCAAUUAAAAUUUUCUUAUCGUUGUUGCGCUGAUAACAUCGAAUCGCCGUUGUUACUCUCAACGUUGCGACGGCGACUCUCGCGCGCGCGCGCGCGCGCGCGCGAUCAACGAGCCGUUAUUAAUAACUCGUCAAAGACGGUAGUUUCGCGAAAAGUUGAGUAACGAUCCAGUGGUUCACAGUUAGUGGCAAGAUCGAUGAGUGUCGUGUGAAAGGAAAAGUGCGAGACACGUUCUGAGGCGAAAAGCGCCGUACUGUCAGUGGCCAGCUAGCAACGCUACGUGGACUCGGUGAGAGCGUACGCACGCACGCACGCACGCACGCACUCGACUCGCAAUACUCGGAGAUACUGAUGGAGAAUAAUCGACCGACGAGAUCAAUCGUGCUGUAAUCUUGAUUAGGACAAUGCGGAAACUGGAUGCGCUAUCGGGCAGCGACCAAGACUGCGGCGAUCGGGAGAUGUAUAUCGACCUGGACGACGCCUCCGUCGACUCGCUUACCGGGAAACGUGGUCGCCACCAUGUCGAGGUGGCCGAGGAGAGCGACAGCAGCGGCAGCGAGAGGAGCCCGAAGCAGGCGAAGAGACGAAAUCGCGGUGGCGCACCGCCGACCACGAGGAGACGGAAAAGCGGAAUUUCCGCGCGCGAAAGGAACCUGAGGAGGCUCGAGAGCAACGAGAGAGAGAGAAUGAGAAUGCACUCCCUCAAUGACGCCUUCGAGCAAUUGCGAGAGGUAAUACCACACGUAAAAAUGGAGAGGAAGCUCAGCAAAAUAGAAACGCUCACACUGGCGAAAAAUUAUAUAAUGGCGCUGACGAAUGUUAUAUGCGAGAUGCGCGGCGAGGAGCGGCCGUACACGUUCGUCGAUGGCGAAUGCGGAUCCAGCAGCGGUGACAGCACCGGUCAAUUAGAACUGAGCGGCGGUGAGCAACCCGACGAGUCCUCACCCACAUCGAUCCACGAGACCAACAACAACAGUCUCCUGCACGAGGAUCUCGAGCGCAGAAUCUGAGGAAAUUCCGAUCUAUCUAACGAUCUAUCUAACGACGACGCAACAAUAUCGUCGCGAACAACAAAGACUCGCGUUUGAAGACUCUGUGAUAGAAUAUAUCAUAUUAGUGCCUUCCGUAAGGACUUUCGCGCGGUGAUUCGUUCAUUAUCACGCCGCGAAUCGUCACGGAUUAUCGUACGUCCUUGAGAGAGUCGCGCUGUAAUGAUCAAAACUGGUAUCGCGAGAACGAGGGCCAAGUGGAAGAAACGUGAGAAUGGUGAGCAUGAAGAAGAGAAUGAGAGACGCGAAAGAGAGAGAAAAAGGAAAGAGAAACGAGAGGCGAGCAGACAUAAGAAAAGGAAGAGAGAGAG